GAUUCUUAGGGUUUUGAUAUGCCACGUUUUCUAAAAACCGUACAGUGCGACACGGUCUGAUUUCAUUGGUCGGUUUAUUUUCGGGGUCAUCACUUCCAAAUUUGCAGGCUCCCCGAUCGUUGAACACGUGGCCAGGCUUCUAAACAUUUAGGGGAAGACCUUCUGGCGACUAUGGCUCAGGUUUACAUAUCAAGGACGGAGAAAUUCAGCGCUUGUCACAGGUUACAUAGCCCCGCAUUGAGUGAAGAGGAGAAUCGAGCAAUAUUUGGCAAAUGCAACAAUCCAAAUGGACAUGGACAUAAUUACAAAGUUGAAGUCGUUGUGAAAGGAAAGGUAGAUCCUUCGACCGGGAUGGUGAUGAAUCUGACGGACUUAAAGGUAGCAAUGGAGGAGGUAGUCAUGAAGCAGAUGGACCACAAAAAUAUCGACAAGGAUGUCCCGUAUUUUGAAAACAUUGUCAGCACGGCUGAAAACAUUGCAGUUUUCAUCUGGAAAGGAAUGGUCACAAAACUGCCGGAAGGAUCGUUGUAUGAAGUGAAGGUACACGAAACGGACAAGAACGUUGCGUACUUUCGGGGAGAGGGUUUAUGAGUUUGGACAUUUAGUUAUUUAACUACCGGUUGUGCAGGGAAGUGAUCGAGAAGGAAUGCAAUGAAUGUUAUGUAGUACCAAGAAUAAAGACUUUAUUAAUUUUUGUUAAUUGUUGAUGUGAGAGGUGUAUUUUACAUGUAUUUAUUUUUAAACGAAUAAACUCAUAUCAGGAUUUUAAAA